CAGCACCCGACUUUGUUGUUCACGUCCGCUGAUAGCCAAAAACUAAAGGAAGAAUGGAGAACGAGGGAGAGAGGCGUGCUUUCCACAGCUAGCAGACGUUUUGAUGUGAUACCUAAAUAAUACCAGUAAUCUGGGAUCUGGAAGGCUAAUUUUUAGCUUGAUGUCUCUCAUUUGGCUGACAUUGUUGUUCUCAGCUCAUCUGGCUGAAUGUGUGCCAGAAAAGCCAAAAAGAUCAGCUCUGAACCAGCUGACCAGGACCCUCCUCAGGAAAUAUGACUGCGGUGUUCGACCUGUUCACAACUGGACCAGUCUCACCACUGUCUACAUAGAUCUCAUACUACAGUCUGUGCUUGACGUGGAUGGAAACACACAGAGCAUAACUUUAAGUAUUUGGUACAGACAGAUCUGGACAGAUGAGUUCCUGGUUUGGGACCCAGAUGAGUUUGAUGGGAUCAAUGAGAUCUCACUGUCAUCUGAUGCCAUCUGGAUACCUGAUAUUAUCGUUAGUGAAUUUGUGGAUGAGGGGAAGUCCCCUCCAAUCCCCUAUGUGUACGUCAACUCCUCUGGCUCAGUGAAGAACUACCGGCCCAUGCAGGUGGUGCUCGCCUGCCGCCUGGAGAUGUAUGCCUUUCCAUUUGACAAGCAGAACUGCAGCCUUACCUUUCGCAGCUGGCUUCACUCAGUGAAGGAAAUAGACUUGGCUCUGUGGAGGAGUGCAGAGGCCAUUGCUAAUCAUAAGAGGGAGUUCAUGAAUGACGGAGAAUGGGAACUGUUGUCCAUUCCUUCCAGCUACUGGCAAAUCCACCAAGACAACACUGACUACGCCCUCAUCCAGUUCAAUGUGUUGAUCCGCCGGCGCCCCCUGCUGUAUGUGGUGGGACUUCUCAUCCCCAGCAUCUUCCUCAUGCUGGUAGAUGUGAUCAGCUUCUACUUGCCUCUGAACAGCGGUACACGCAUCGCCUUUAAAAUCAGCAUACUGCUGGGCUACACGGUCUUCAGAGUCAAUAUGACUGAUGAACUGCCUUCCAACGCAGUAAACACUCCACUCAUAGGUGUUUUCUUCGUGGUGUGCAUGGCCAUGCUGAUGCUCAGCCUGAUCAAGUCUAUACUGGUGGUGAAGCUGCUCCACUACAGUGAGAAGGAGGUCAGGCAAAUGUCAUUGUCUGCCUGCCUGCUGGACAAAUAUGGCUCAGCUGGUCAAGGCUUCACUGACAGCAUUAAAACUGGAGAUUUUGAGCUUGAGCCCUCACUCGAGGAAGAUCUGAUGUCCCUGAAUGAGAUCCAGGAUGCUCCCACUGGGCUGGAGUGGCUUCUCCAGGAGCUGGUUUCCCUCCGCCUGGCCUUAUCCCAGGAGGACACUGAGUCUUCGGCUCAGGCUGAAUGGCUGGCCCUCUGCUCUAAGCUCGACUGCUUCCUGUUCCGCUUUUACCUGUUGGUUCUGGUCUUGUAUGCUGGUACUCUGCUGUUGCUCUGGGCCAGUUGGAGCUUUGCCUGACCACUCAAUCAGAUACAUAAUGAUUUUUUAUUACUGUAACUGAAAACUUUAAAUAUUUACAAUUAUUCAUGAUGCUUUACUUGUGUAUUUAAAAUAUAAGUGAAUUAGUGAUCUACAAAAUCACAAAAGUAAAUAAAAAUAAACUGAAUAGAAUAGGAUACA